AUGGGUCCGGUAGCAACCACCGAACGGAAUCUGCGAGCUGCAGCUGAGACGCUCAAUUGUCUAAUGGUUUUGUCGAAGAAUAUGACAGAAGAAGCCAAGCGCAUGUACGAUGAGAGUCAGAUGAACCAGGAGCUAGGAGCAGCAAAAUCAUACUAUGAUUCACUGCAACAAAAAUCUCAGGUUCUGAACGCGAAGUUAAAUGUAUACAAGCAGUCGGCGGAUCAACUAAUGGACGAAGGUCCUCCUUUGCUUACGUUUCAUUUGAAUCCCAAUUCUAAUGCACUUUUACUUAACAUUGUACUUUACGGUUCAUGA